CGUUUCCUUUCAUCCGUCAUCAAUCUCUCAUCCCGCUUCGACAGCUUCUCGCCAUGGAUCUUCAGCCCGCGCAGGUUCCAGCUCCAGCAGGAAAGCCUCAGCCGCUGAGAGAAAAAGCUGGCAGGAAAACGAAGGGGCCGUCGAAGACCGUCGCCGGAGAUCCUCCGGUUCCCAGGCAGAAGCGCGUGUUCGGUACGUUGCGGAGCACCAACGUUCCGGCAAAACCACACACAGAGAAACCCGCUGCGAAAUCCGUGACUGGGGUUCGCCGGAAACAGGCCCAGUCGCCGCCGAAAAGCCCAUCCACCGUGGGUGCUACUCUAGCAUCGGCUGCUGUGAAAACGUCCCCGGAGGGAGCGAAGCCCAAGCCGGAGAAGAAGAGCGUUUACUUCGAAGAGGAAUCGCCUAAGAAUUUGGACGAUGCACCUGCAGAGAAAACAUCUGCCGAGAUAUCGAACCCUAAACCGAAGAAGAAGGGCGUUUGCUUCGAAGAGGAAUCGCCUGAGAAUUUGGACGAUGCACCUGCAGAGAAAGCAUCUCCAGAGAUAGCGAAACCUAAGCCGAAGAAGAAGAGCGUCUGCUUCGAAGAAAAAUCGCCAAAUAAUUUGCGUGAUGAGAAUGCGGUCGGGCCUCAGACCCCGGUCCAAUGGCCUUUUGCUGCUGUGGCAAAGCCAAGAAGGUCCGGGACGCCCUAUCACACGGCUGAGAAUUGCAGCAAGUGCAGAUUCGAUAGGCUGGAGACCGCAUCGUACUGGCUCGGACACAUCAAGCUGGCGGAGCCCGUCGGGAAACAUUUCGUCUCAGCGAACUUCUUUCGAAUGGCUCUGGAAUGCAAGGCUGAGCCCAUACGGAACCUGCGCAUUGAGCUGAAGCGGUAUCUGGCACGGCACCUGCACUUAUCAGAAGAAGCCGAGUGGAGAAACUUGUCUCUUGGCUAUGGAAUCCUGAAGGAUGAACCCGACUCGGGUCCCCGAAAUCCGGGUAGCGGGAGAGUGAGGGUGAGGCUGAGCGCCGAAAGCAACCGUGAUGGUCAAGAACAGCAGGAUACGAAGGACGAACUCAUCGACUCGAAAGGGGAAUGACCGAAUCGGUCUUGAGAUUGCGGUAGCAUCUUCAACGAGCCGCGACAGCAGGGUGGUUGGUCGGUCUUUUCUGUAUUCGGCUUCAAAUUAAGCAAUCUUUUGCUCUUUGGGUUAUAUAUAUGUGUGUGUGUUAGAUUGGUGCCGAAACUUUCGAACAGCGAUGAGAUCUCUGAAACAUGAGAUGCCAUGGCACAAAGUAGUUUAUGCACAGACAAUUCAGAGUC